AUGAUAUUUCUUGCAUUGUUAACCUUUUUUGGUCUUCAUUUCAGAAUAAUUUCUCCAUUUCAAAAAUCAGAUCAAUAUUAUUUUAUUCCUCCAAAAAACAAAGAUAUUGUUGUUGAAAUCAAGGGAGGUUUUGAUGAAUAUGAUAAGGUUCUAUUUGAUUACAACUAUCUUGAUCAAGAAUUCUCAAAUAAAUUAGAAUUAUCUGGAUGCAAACAUUGUAAUGCUAAACUAUCAACAAAAAGUUAUUCAAAUGAUAGGGAUGUUGUUAUUGCAGUUGGAUUAAAACAUCCCCAAGAUGGACUCCCAAACCUUAGAAGUCUUAGAUCCACAGGAUGCAAAGCAAGAGUAGUUUUGAUUACAGAAAAAAAUAUUUCAGAUGAAUUCCGAGAAGAAUUUCGAAAGUGUGGAAUAACAAUUGCCUAUUUGCCAUUCAUUGAUGAAAUGAAUUUUUCAAUUGCUCAAGCCCAAACCUUUCGAUUUCCUGCAAUGCAUGAUUUCUUGGAUCAUUACUCAAAGAGAUUUGAUAGAGUUAUGUAUUUCGAUUUGUUUGAUACAUUUUUCCAAAAAGAUCCUUUUUAUGGAAUAACAAAGAAUGCAUUAUAUAUAAGUCCUGAAAGAAAUAAUCAUACUAACUCAAAAAUCAGUGAAGUAUGGACAUAUUCGCUAGAAGGUCUAAAUUUCCAUCGAUUAUAUCCUGGGAACAAUGAAAUUUACUGCUCUGGAGUUUUCGCUGGAAAAAUGAAAGCGAUGAAAAAGGUUGUUGAUAUGAAUGCUGCUAUAAUAGGAAGGCAAUGGAAACACAUUGCUGCAGAUCAAGCAAUUCUCAAUUGGAUGAUAUAUGAUAAUGUUUUAAACGAAGUUGGUGUGAAAACAAUCCCUCAUUAUGAAUUUGCAUCUUUGUGUUGGACUUUACUUCUUUAUAAUGGUGAAUAUGGUAAAAUAAGAUAUCAUAAAGAAACUUUCACGCCAGCAGUAUUGCAUCAAAUCAAUAGAAAUCGUAUGUUAUUUGAUAAAAUUAAAAAUUUAUGUUUGUAA